CCAUAUAAUUAAAAAUGAGUCCAGACUUUCACCACCUUCCCCCAUUUCUUCAUCUCUUUCCUCUCCUAACCACUCUUCAUUAACUUCUAAAUCAUUGAGAGGAUUCAUACCAUUUCAACUUCAUCACCUAUUUAAGCAAAUACUUCCAACUUAGACAUAUGUUCAUGUGUAAAUAUCUUCAAGUUGGUUCAUUAUAAUUAUACAACUUGAUCCAUCAGAAUUUGCAACCUGGUGUUAUGGACGGCAGAAUCAAUCCGUUUGCGCGAGAGCAAGACGACUAUGAUUAUUCACCGGACUAUAGCGAAGAUUCUCCCCCUUCCGGCCUGUUUAGUGAUAGCAAGAUGGCUUCUACCUCUUCUCCAAGAAAAAGUAGAAGAGGUUUGCAAAAGAGAGUUGUGUCCGUGCCAAUCAAGGAUGUGGAGGGGUCCAGGCUUAAAGGGGAAAUAAGUACUCCCCCAUCUGAUUCUUGGGCUUGGAGAAAGUAUGGUCAAAAGCCUAUCAAAGGCUCUCCUUAUCCAAGGGCUUAUUAUCGAUGUAGUAGCUCAAAAGGAUGUUUAGCAAGAAAACAAGUAGAAAGAAACCGAGCAGACCCAACCAUGCUAAUGGUGACAUAUUCUUGUGAACAUAACCAUCCGUGGCCGGCUUCGAAAAAUAAUCAAAACCGCAAUCGCAAUCAGAGCGAGAAUCGGACUCAGAACCUCGACAACAAUCCUGUCUCUACUGCCACAACAACUCCAGUGAGCAUCAGCAUUUCGUCGCCAAAUGUCACAACUUCAAAUUCGGAUGACGAUCAGAUCUCUCCCAAUUUCGUCAUGGACGAAGAAUUCACAAAUUUCGAUUCGGAAUUCGGGUGGUUCACAAAUUUCGAAACAACUAAUUCUUCCACCUUGCUGGAGUCUCCAACUUCAGCUAGAGAUGGGAUUCGAGAUGCUGACAUUGCUACGAUUUUUUCGACUAAGGAGGGUGACGAGUCGUUUUUCGCCGAUCUCGAGGAGCUGCCGGAGUGCUCAUUGGUGUUCGGACGAGGAGUUAUCGGUGUUUCAUGACACCAUUGUGCAGGACCACAGAAGGGUUGCUGAAUGUGGACACUUGUAGCCGCCAUGCUUGUCUUUGUUUACAUGUUGUGACUACUCCGUAUCUUUCGGCUUAAGACCACAUGAGAGGAAAAAAAGAACGAAUUUUCUAUGGUGUGCCCAUGGGCACACAAUAGUCACUAACUCCCAUGUGAAUACUAAUUUUUGAUUGGUAGAUGAAUAAUAAAUGUUGGUGACCCCCCUGCAUUUACACCAAUUCCACCAAUCAAAUGAAGCCAUUUUCAUGAGAGUUGGUGCUUAUUGUGUGCCCUUGGGCACACAUUAGAAAGACCGAAAAAAGAAAGAUUUCAAGUUCAUAUAAUUGACAUUGUUUUUUACUACUUUUUUCUUCAAUUUGCCUAGAUUUCAGUGUAAUUAUGAUAUAUUUAAUAGAGAAAUUUAUUCCGGAUUUGUCUCA